AUGUUUUUUCUCUCAAAUUUGAGACAACAUGUUACUCCAAAUCCAGGAAUCCUUAUCAUAUCAGAUAGAUCACAGGCCAUUCGCACCGCUAUUAACGCAUCUCACAGUGGAUGGCGUCCUCCAUCGGCAUAUCAUGUUUACUGUAUCCGGCACAUGGCUUCAAACUUCAAUUUACGGUUCAAAUCGGCUGAGGGUAAGGGGUACCUUGUAAAUGUUGCGUACAUUCCAAGCAAUGAGUGUUGCGAUUGGUACUUGGAUGCUUUGGGUACACUAUCCGGUGAGAUGGUAGAUUGGGCUCUUUGUUUCAAGAAGGAUUUAUGGCUGCAACAUUGUGACGAAGAUCGACGGUAUGGUCACAUGACGACAAACCUAUCGGAGUGCAUAAAUGUGGUGCUGAAGGAAACGGGGAAUCUUCCAGUAGCUGCGAUUGUUCGGGCAACAUAUGAGCGUUUGCAACAGUUAUUUGUGUGUAGGGGUCGCGAAACACAUGCUCAAUUACAAGGUGGACAGAUAUACUCACAGUGGCUGUUGACAUCUAUAGAUAAGAACAGAGAGAGCCUGCCGAUGAUGCGAGUCACCCAUUGUGAUCGUAGGGAAUCCGUGUUCAGUGUGGAGGAGCUGAAGCCGGUGGAUGCAUGCGUAGCUGCGAGCAUUGAGUGGGGUCAUUUCGUCGAUCCCGUGUACACGAUUGUAUCUAUAUUCAACGUAUACGAGAGGGAGUUUCUGCCGAUACCAGAUGAGAAGAUGUGGUCUCCAUGGUACGGUGCAUGCCUGAAGCCCAACCCAGCCAUGCGACGGAAGGCAUCGGGAAGACCAGUAUCCACUCGGAUCCGGAAUGAGAUGGAUGCUGUUGAGCGUGUGGAAAAGAGAUGUGGGCUCUGCCAUGGAGAAGGUCACACCAUACGUAGAUGUCCCAAUGCACCGCAAUCGGAUCCAUGA